GACAGGGUCAACAAUAUGGCGCUGCCCAUGUAUUACAGAAAUGCUUCAUCUGCUAGUUGAUGUUUAUUUCUUAGUUUAAAUGCUUCAUAAGCUCCCUUUUAAAUUGAACACACGGUGAAGCAUUAUCUGUUCACCAGUGCUGUGUUCUUUAACCUAAAGGAACUAUUUUAACACCCGAACAGGAACCAUGUCUGGGUCAAAUGUAUGGAGUCGCAGUCGAGAGAAAUUUAGACUUUUCCCGGAACUUUUUGCACAGUGUUCACCAGAGGCAGCAACAUAUGGGAAGUGUGUGUCCGCCUCUACAACAGGCAGACAGGAGCUGAAGAAGGACAUGUGUGCUAAAGAGUUUCAAGCACUGAAGACCUGCUUUACAAAUGCAGCCAAGAGGAAAGCCAAAUGAUGGAAACUAUCCUAGCUGUUAAAGCGGACAUAAAACUUUGAGAGGAGAAAACAUGAAGUGUUGAUGGACCUCUGGUUCUGACAGCGUAUCUUGAUAACUCUUUCUCUUGUUGGUACUGUUAAUGAUCUAAAUGUGUGUAAUGUAAUAAAAAAAAUCACUUUUUUA